UCGAGACUAAACGUGUUUUUAAGAAAGGAGUUCCAAGUAAAUAAAAUGCAGAAACAUAAAUAUAAAGGACCAAGCAAGGGUCCAAGGACCAAAGGUAACCAAAAAAAGAAACCACAGAAAGAGAUGUCGAAGCGUGCUGCUUUUGAUUUGGAAAUAAAAGAACUGCAGGAUAGAUAUAACGACAUUAAUCCGGACAACAUCAAAAAAUUUGUCGAAUUUCCGCUUUCGAAAAAAACUCAAAAGGCUCUUACUGAAGCCAAAUUUAUAACUCCCACCGAGGUGCAGCGGCAGAGCAUUGGACCUGCCCUACAGGGCAAAGAUGUGCUGGGCGCCGCGAUUACUGGCAGUGGCAAAACGCUGGCCUUUUUAAUACCCGUAUUGGAACAUCUGUUUGUGAAUAAAUGGUCUCGCAGCGACGGUGUGGGGGCCAUCAUUAUUUCGCCAACGCGGGAAUUAGCCUAUCAGAUAUUUGAAACGCUCAAAAAGGUGGGCAAGCACCAUGAUUUCUCUGCUGGUCUUAUUAUUGGUGGCAAAAACUUAAAAUUUGAACGUACCCGCAUGGAUCAGUGCAAUAUUGUGAUUUGCACGCCAGGUCGACUACUCCAACACAUGGACGAAAAUCCUCUGUUCAAUACAACCACAAUGGAGAUGCUGGUACUCGAUGAAGCAGAUCGCUGCCUGGACUUGGGCUUUCAAAAAACCCUUAACUCAAUUAUAGAAAACUUUCCGCCCGAACGCCAGACUUUGCUGUUCUCAGCAACACAAACAAAUACGGUGGAAGAUCUAGCGCGACUAAGCUUACGCGAUCCUGUUUAUGUUGGAUACGGCUCGGGCGAGCGGUUAAAGAAUGCCGCCACAUCAGGAGCCCAGCUAGCUGUGCCGGAGCUACUACAGCAAAGCUAUGUUGUGAUACCACUGCACGAAAAAAUAACCGUACUGUGGUCGUUUAUAAAGAAUCAUCUAAAGCAGAAGAUUAUUGUUUUCGUAGCCAGCUGCAAACAGGCCAAAUAUUUAUACGAAAUAUUCUGCAAGCUGCGUCCAGGUGUAAGUCUUUUGGCGUUGUAUGGCACUUUGCACCAAGAUCGACGCAUCGCCAUCUAUGAGGAUUUUUUGCGAAAGAGCCAAGUUGUUAUGUUUGCCACAGACGUAGCAUCACGCGGUCUUGACUUCCCAGCCAUUAAUUGGGUGGUUCAGUUAGACUGUCCCGAAGAUGUGUCUCAGUAUAUUCACAGGGCGGGACGCUCAGCACGAAACAAAACUCGAGGAGAAUGUCUCCUUGUGCUUACACCCAGCGAGGAAGACUUCAUGAUCAAUGCUAUAAAAGAGCAGCUGAAAGUAGAUAUACGCUGUGUACAAAUUGAUUCUAAGAAACUGUUCUCGCCACGCGUUAAAAUUGAAGCGUUCUUGGCACAGUUUCCAGAGCUUAGAGCUUCGGCUCAACGAGCUUUCCUGGCCUACUUAAAGUCUGUGUUUCUGAUGCGGAAUAAACGUUUGUUUAAUGUGUUGAGUCUCGAUCUGGAUGCAUACGCACAAUCCCUAGGCUUGGCGGUAACUCCACGCGUCAAUUUCCUGGAGAAGGUGAUGUGGCGACUUAAACAAAAUAAACCAAUGGUGGAAGGAUCUGUGGAGGCUGAUGCUACUGCUACCAAAACAGAAACCCCAGCGAUAGCAAAAAAGCCACUAAUCAAGAAAUUUGGGUGGGAGGGCGACGAAGACGAGGAGGAUGAAGACUUCAUUAAAGUCAAGCGACGUGACCACAAUGUUGAUGAGGCCCCUAGCGACGACUGUAAGCUCGAUGACUUCGUUGACAAGGACACAAAAACCGACGACGACGAAGACAACGACGUUCCUUUGGUGGUUCCCAAACGCGAGAAAGUUGUCACUAAGGCGGCAUUAGCCAAAAAGGCAAUGAAGAAAAAUAUUCAAGUCAACUCCAAAGUUAAGUUCGACGAAGACGGCCAAACCCUGGAAGAUGAGCGCAAUCAAAUGAAGGCGCUGGCUGCCACAAAGAAGCUGGUUGUACAGAGCAAAGACGACGAUGGAGGCAUCGACAUUGGAUUCUCGGGCAAGCUGCUUGCCGAGGAGGAUAAGUAUGACAAAGAGCGCUUUAGGGAGCUGGUUAAAAAACGUCACAAGCAGCAGCGGGAAAAACUCAAACGAAAGGCUGAACGAGAGCAGGCGGUGCAAGACGACAGCCAAGACGAUGAGCAAGAUGGAGACGAGCAAAGCGGAGAUGAUGAAAGCGAAGGCUCAGUAGACUUGUCUUGGCUGCCAGAUCCUGACAAAAUCUACAAUAAAGGUGCAAAUGCAUCGGCAGACGUCCGUUCAUCAAACAAAUCGGGUCAUCAAUCAAGUGACAGUCACGAGAACGACGAAGACGAAAACGGCGACACUGAUGAUGAUUAUGACGAGCCAGCGCUUAAAAAAUCAAAGUUAACACAAAAGCUAACAUUGAUGGAUGCAGAAGCCAUAGCUGCUAGUCUUUUGGGUACAUAAAGAGUUAUUUAUAUAUGUAUGUAUAUUCCGUCGUUGUGCUCAGGUAGAAAGUGCACAGCUUAUUGUUAUUUAAACAUGUAUGGAUUUAAUAUAUGUAUUUAACUAUAUGCUUUGUAAUUCCGAAGCACAAAAUGAACAGCCUAAGGUUUAUUUGAGAAAACAACAACCGCAGACAAGAUUUUUUAUUUUUUCACACCGCUGUAGAAAAGCAAUACAUGAAAUAUGAAUAUAUUGAUUACUCGAAACUAA